CACAUUUUCAAAAAACUCCAAUUUUAUACAUUUGGAUAGCUCUGCGCGCGCCUAAUACUCUUCCAUCGUAAUGCCAUAAAGAAACCCUAAUACCUAAACCCCUCCGGCCGUCUCUUAAAGCCCCACUUUCCAGGCGGAACCUUGGCCGGUCUUCUCUUUCGGAUCCAGCCAAGAUGUCGAUGUCGAAAACUUCCAAGAUGCUUCAAUACAUCAAUUAUCGGAUUCGGGUCACGGUCCAGGACGGCCGUCAGUUGGUCGGAAAAUUCAUGGCUUUCGAUCGCCACAUGAACCUCGUUCUCGGAGAUUGCGAGGAGUUCCGGAAGCUUCCACUGACUAAGGGCUCGAAAGAAGAGCGCGAGGAUCGCCGCACUCUCGGCCUUCUCCUCCUCCGUGGCGAAGAAGUUAUCUCCAUGACCGUUGAGGGUCCGCCUCCUCCCGAUGAAUCCCGCGUCAAGGCAACUGGAGCUGCAAAUGGCGUUCCCGGGCCCGGUAUUGGUCGUGGCGCUGGGAGAGGGGUUCCUACCGGGCCGUUGGUUCAGGCCCAGCCCGGACUUUCUGGUCCGGUUCGCGGUGUUGGUGGGCCCGCUCCGGGAAUGAUGCAACCUCAGAUCUCUCGUCCUCCGAUAAACUACCCUCAGCAACCGCCUGUGAUGAGGCCACCCGGUGGUGGACCGCCGGUGGCUCCUCCACCGCAGCCCUUGAUGGCAGCGCCGCAGCAGUUCCGACCACUUCCUCCAGGGCAAUUCCCGCCGCAGUUUGGGCAGCGGCCUAUGAUGCCGCCUCCUCCUAUGAUGAGAGGUCCACCUCCUCCCGGAGCUCCGCCGAGGCCCAAUAUGCCUGGUGGUGGCCCACCUGGACAGCCUCCUCGCCCUGGGAUGCCGCCUCCACCUCCUGGUGGUCAAUUUCCUGUCUUUGGACCUCCCCGUCCGGGAAUGCCGCCCCCACAGAAUCAGUAGUUGUGGGAUUCAGUGCACUACAGAACUUGUGUAGCAAGUGUUUUUGUCACCCUGAAUUAGGGAGCUAUUGCAGUUUGUACUCAAAAUUAAGGUAAAAAAAAGGGUGAGAGGAUUAAGAAACUGGUAGCAAGUAGUGACCAGUGUUGUAAAAAUCGGCCUAGGCGGCUGACUAGGCGCUAGGUGCCCCUAGGCCGAGGUGAUUUCAACUCUAGGAGCUAGGUUUUUAGUCGGCCGGCCGACUAAAACGCUCUAGGCGUCGAGUUGGGCGCCUAACUCAGCCUAGUCGGUGUCCAACUCAACCGAGUUUGCACUCAACUCGGCCGAGUGGAUCUUUUUGCUUGUUCGGCUAUUGCUUUUAUAUUCCUCUAGUCAUGCAUUCAACUAAUUAUCUAACAUAUGCAAUUGACUAGUUUGGAGGAUUAUAACAAUCUAACAACUCUUAGCCCUAAGUGGAAAAAGUGGAGACGAAAUACUUGAAUUACUUAGUUGUCUAGGUGGCGCUUAGGCACUGCUUAGACGCUAGGCGCCUCCCGGACAUCCAACUCGCGCCUAGCGCUUUCUGCAACAUUGGUACUGACAUAAUUUAUCUUCUCAUUUUGAUUUCCUUUUUGGUACAUAAAGUACCUAAUACAAAUAUACAAUUUAGGGAUAUGUUUUUAGUUGAAAUUCAUGUAGGGAUGAGAAUUUUCUUGUUUGAUAUGAGGGAUUAAGUUUAGAAUAUAACAUCUAUUCAGUACUUUGUAAAUUGUACGGAGUAAUAUGUAUUGGAAAUCUAUAUUAUUGCAAGGCACCAUAUGUUGUGUUUUGUUAAGUGUUAACUUUGACCCUUC